UUCUGUGUGUCUGGGGCUGUGGUGGCGCUUGCUUACCGUAUUUACAUUAACUUCCAGGGCUCUCAGCUGCCAAACCCUGAGCCGCCAUGUCCAAACCCUUGUCCGACCACGACAGGAGGAAACAGAUUUCAGUGCGAGGCCUGGCCGGUGUUGAUAAUGUCGCCGAGCUGAAGCAGAACUUCAACAGGCACCUCCACUUUACACUGGCCAAAGACAGAAAUGUGGCGACAAGAAGGGAUUACUACUUUGCUCUCGCCCACACUGUGCGGGACCACUUGAUCGGCAGGUGGAUCAGAACCCAGCAGCACUACUAUGAGAAGGAUCCCAAACGCCUGUACUACAUCUCUUUGGAGUUCUACAUGGGCCGCACUCUGCAGAACACCAUGGUGAACCUCGCCCUGGAGAAUGCCUGUGAUGAAGCCACCUACCAGUUGGGUCUGGACAUGGAGGAACUGGAGGAUAUGGAGGAAGAUGCUGGUUUGGGAAACGGUGGCCUUGGCCGACUAGCCGCCUGUUUCCUGGACUCCAUGGCGUCGCUCGGCCUGGCUGCCUAUGGUUACGGUAUUCGCUAUGAAUUUGGAAUCUUCAAUCAAAAAAUAAUGAACGGCUGGCAGGUUGAAGAGGCUGAUGAUUGGCUGCGCUAUGGCAACGCCUGGGAGAAGGCACGUCCUGAGUACAUGCGUCCUGUGCACUUCUACGGAAGGACUGAGCAUCACACCGACGGUGUCAAAUGGGUUGACACUCAGGUAGUUCUGGCUCUGCCGUAUGACACCCCAGUCCCUGGCUACAGAAACAACAUUGUCAAUACUAUGAGGCUGUGGUCUGCAAAGGCACCGUGUGAAUUUAACCUUAAAGACUUCAAUGUCGGUGGCUACAUCCAGGCUGUUUUGGACCGUAACUUGGCUGAGAACAUCUCCCGUGUGCUAUAUCCCAAUGACAAUUUUUUUGAGGGCAAGGAGCUGCGUCUGAAGCAGGAAUACUUUGUGGUUUCUGCCACCCUGCAAGAUAUCAUCCGCCGUUUCAAGGUCUCCAAGUUUGGCUCCAGGGAAAUUGUUCGCACGGAUUUCAGCAAACUGCCUGACAAGGUUGCGAUUCAGUUAAAUGACACUCACCCGGCUAUGGCUAUUCCUGAGCUGAUGAGGGUUCUGGUGGAUGAUGAGAAACUUGAAUGGGAUAAGGCCUGGGAUGUGUGCGUGCGCACUUGUGCCUACACCAAUCACACAGUCCUCCCAGAGGCCCUGGAGAGAUGGCCAGUGGACCUGUUUGCCCAUCUGUUGCCCCGCCAUUUGGAAAUUGUCUUUGAGAUCAAUCGUCGCCACCUGGAGAAUGUUGCUGCAAAGUUUCCUGGUGAUGUCGAUCGUCUGCGCCGUAUGUCCCUCAUUGAGGAAGGAGGACAGAAGAGGAUCAACAUGGCCCAUUUGUGCAUUGUGGGGUCGCACGCAGUGAAUGGCGUGGCCCAGAUCCACUCAGACAUCCUCAAAGCCACGGUCUUCAAGGACUUCUAUGAAAUGGAGCCGCAUAAGUUCCAGAACAAGACUAACGGCAUCACUCCUCGCCGCUGGCUGGUGAUGUGUAACCCUGGCCUGGCUGAGGUCAUCGCCGAGAGAAUCGGUGAGGACUUUAUCCGCGACCUCGACCAGCUGAAGCUUCUUCGCAAGUUUGUGAACGACGACGCUUUCAUCCGCGAUGUUGCUAAAGUGAAGCAGGAAAACAAGCUGAAGUUUUCUGUGCACUUGGAGGAGCACUAUAAGGUGAAGAUCAAUCCGAACUCCAUGUUUGACGUUCAAGUCAAGAGGAUCCACGAGUACAAGAGGCAGCUGCUUAACUGUCUACACAUCAUCACCUAUUACAACCGAAUCAAGAAAGAACCCAACAAGCAGUGGACUCCCAGAACCGUCAUGAUUGGAGGAAAGGCUGCUCCUGGCUACCACACUGCCAAGAUGAUUAUUCGUCUGAUCACAGCUAUCGGCGAAGUGGUCAACAAUGAUCCUGUGGUUGGAGACCGUCUCAAAGUCAUCUUUUUGGAGAACUACAGAGUCACACUCGCUGAGAAAGGUAUCCCUGCUGCUGACCUGUCAGAGCAGAUCUCCACAGCAGGCACAGAGGCCUCUGGCACAGGAAACAUGAAGUUCAUGCUCAACGGCGCUCUGACCAUCGGGACUAUGGAUGGAGCCAACGUGGAAAUGGCUGAGGAGGCAGGCGAGGAAAAUCUCUUCAUCUUCGGCAUGAGGGUGAAUGACGUUGAUGCCAUGGACAAGAAAGGAUACCAUGCUGAAGAGUACUACAACCGCCUGCCUGAGCUGAAACAAGCUAUUGACCAGAUUGCUGGAGGCUUCUUCAGCCCAAAGCAGCCCGACCUAUUCAAAGAAAUUGUCAACAUGCUGAUGCAUCACGACAGAUUUAAGGUCUUCGCCGACUAUGAAGAUUAUAUUAAAUGCCAAGAGAAAGUCAAUGCGCUUUAUAAGAACCCCAAGGAAUGGACCAAGAAGGUGAUCUACAACAUUGCUGGAUGUGGCAAGUUCUCCAGUGACCGCACUAUUGCCCAGUAUGCCCGCGAGAUCUGGGGGAUGGAGCCCACACUUGAGAAACUCCCUAACCCUGAUAACCUACAAUAAACUGUUGACAUGACAACAUCUUCCUCAACAUGGAAAUGGCUGCCAAAAUGGAGUCUCUGUAUGGUGUUCAAAAGGUUCAUCCGCAGAGUUUCAAAAUUAAAUUCUACCUGCAUCACUACACAGCGUUACAAACAAAAGCCAUAAGCGACAUGCACGGCAUGUGUCAUUUGCAUAUAUAAACAAAAGCACAGCUUGCAGCCGUGUUUAAGGGAUGCAAAGAUUGCAAUUUAGCUGCUGUGAAGUGGAUCAAGGAGCGUUGUGUUGGGGCUUUGUGAUUUAUUUUUUUUUUUGUUAAUGCAAAAAUCCCAACUUGCACUUGCACUCAAACCCAUUCUGAAUAAAACCUGUCAAAA